AUGAGCUCCUUCACCUUAUUCUACUCUCAAUCUACGCUCCCUUUUCCACUUUCUCCACUCCAACCCAACCAGAAGACCAUAAUCACAGUAACCAAGCGCGCUUUUCUAAUGAAACCUGCUUUCCGAUGUCUAACUCGCUUUAGCCACCACCAAAAUCCCAUUUCCCAGGUUUUGAGCAGUUCAUUGGAAAAGAAUGAAGUCUUGGAUGCUAAAGAUGCGGCAUUGCUGGUCAAUACUUGCAUUACGCGUAAUUUGCCGCCGGUUUUGAGUUUGGAACAAGGGCUGGAGAGGAUUAAGGGGUCCGUGGAGGAAUUGAGGGUUAAUCCUCCUUGUUGCUCAAGUGGGAUGUACAGAUUUCAGCUGGCAGUGCCACCAAGUGCAAAAGCAUUGAACUGGUUUUGCUCCCAACCGGAUAAGUCAAACAUUUUUCCUCUAUUUUUCCUUUCCAAUGAGGAGAAUCCGACAUAUAAUUCGCUCUCUCUUGGAAGAACCAGGGGUGUUUUCGGUAUUGGUUCAGCCGUUGUCUUCAAGGAUUGUUCUCCUCAUAGUGCAGGAAAAGGCAGUGAUAUUAGAAGACAUCUUUUGGCUGAACCAACAAGUGCAAAGGUUUAUGGUUUCUUGGAUAUUGAGUUCGUCACCGACAUGUCUGCUAUAAAGCAUCAGAGUGGUUCGUAUUACCUUUUCAUCCCUCAGAUUGAGUUGGAUGAGUUUGAAGAUAUCCCUUCCUUGACCGCGACAUUGGCAUGGGACGACUCUUCAAUUUGUACCUUUAGUGAAGCUGUUCGAAGAUUUGAGCUUGCAUUAGACCAGGCCAUGCAUACCUGUGCAAAUAGAAGCCAACUUAUUCGGUCUUCUCUUUCAAAGUAUCGCAAUGCAGAGAAACAUAAGGCAAUGGUACGUGCAAAUGCUUUGUUAUUGGAUGGGAAGCACACAGCAGCCAGCACCCUGGGGCUGGGAGAUUCUUUGUCUUGUUGCAGUCAGUUUGUUGCUAGGCUUUCAUCAACUUUAUCAAUUGCAGAUAACAUGAUAGAUGAAACAAAAUCAGUCAACAAUGUGAUUCAAGAUUUCCCCAACAUCAAUGCUUUGUGGGCGUACCUUAUAGUUGAGGAAUGCACUCGACUUGGUUUGACGUAUUUUUGUGUGGCCCCUGGAUCAAGGUCAUCUCCCUUGACAAUUGCCGCCGCCAGUCAUCCUCUUACCACUUGUGUUGCAUGCAUUGAUGAAAGAUCUCUUGCAUUUCAUGCGCUCGGUUAUGCAAAAGGUUCAGGAAAACCGGCAGUUGUCAUAACAUCAUCAGGCACAGCUGUCACGAAUCUUUUUCCGGCUGUGGUUGAGGCUUGCCAGAGUUUUGUACCAAUGCUGUUGCUAACGGCUGAUCGCCCUCCCGAGCUUGUAGAUGUUGGGGCUAACCAAGCUAUUGAUCAGGUGAAGCAUUAUGGGUCUUUCGUGAGGCACUUUUUCAGUCUCCCUCCUCCUACAGACGAAAUAUCGGCAAAAUACGUACUAACUACAGUAGACUCAGCUGUUGUUAAAUCAACAUCAUCCCCAGUGGGCCCUGUACACAUCAACUGCCCUUUCCGGGAGCCACUUGCAAGUACCUCAAAAACUUGGAGUCCCAAGUGUUUAAGUGGAUUGGACAUUUGGAUUUCAAAUGCCGAGCCAUUAACCAGCCAUUCUUUGACUUGUUAUAGUAACGUGAGAGAGCAGAUGGUUGAGGUUGUUAGGGUGGUCCAAAGGGCUAAUCAUGGGAUUUUGGUGUUGGGUUCUAUUCAGAAGGAAGACGAUAUGUGGGCAGCUCUUUUGCUGGCCAAGCACUUAUUGUGGCCGGUUGCUGUUGAUAUCCAGUCGGGUUUGAGGUUGAGGAAAUACUUGUCGUCUUUUCUUGACAGCAAGGAUAUAUUGUUCGUGGAUCAGCUCGACCAGCUGUUGCUGUCAGAGUCUGUAAGGGAAUGGAUGCGGGCAGAUGUAAUAAUACAGGUUGGGAGUCGGAUAACAGGGAGACGCAUUGCCCAGAUGAUGGAUCAUUGUUCACCUUGCUCCUACAUCAUGGUCGAUGAUCAUCCAGCUCGUCAUGAUCCUUCUAAUAUCAUCACACACAGGAUCCAAAGUACCAUCCCCGAGUUCACUGAUUACUUGAUCAAGUGUUGCAGCCCUCGUGCGAGCAACAAAUGGCGGGAGUUAAUACGAGGAUUGGACAUGAGGGCUUCCUGGGAGACCUCAUUUCUGAUUAAUUCGGAACAAUCCUUGACCGAACCUUACGUAGCACGGAAAAUCUUCGAGGCAAUCCGCUGUGGGUCAGCUUUGUUUUACGGGAACAGCAUGCCUAUACGUGAUGCGGACAUGUACGGUAGUGACUGGGUGCAUUGCACCCACAGUGCUGCUCUCAUGUUGAGCUCUGGCUUGCCAUGUCACCCGGUGCAUGUUAGCGGGAAUAGAGGGGCUAGCGGUAUUGAUGGGUUGAUAAGCACUGCUAUUGGAUUUGCUGUUGGCUGCAAUAAAAGAGUACUUCUUGUGAUUGGCGAUAUUUCAUUUUUGCAUGAUACGAACGGGUUGGCAUUACUAAGACAAUGGACAUACCGGAAACCAAUGGUCAUACUUGUGCUUAACAAUCAUGGUGGUGCUAUCUUUAGUCAACUACCAGUUGCAAAUACCACAGAUAGAAGCAUACUAGACCAGUUUUUCUACACGUCUCACAAUGUUUCGAUACGCAAUCUAUGUUUAGCACAUGGUGUGAAGCAUGUUCAAGUGCAAACAAAAAGGGAGUUAGAAGAUGCAUUGUCCACAUCUCAAAAAGAAGACAUUGAUUGUGUGGUGGAAGUCGAGAGUGAAAUUGAUAUGAACGUUGCUAUUCAUAGUAAGUUGAGGAACUUUUCUCGGAAAGCCUCGGAUAAUGCUCUUAACAUCCUCUCAAAGCUGUCAGUUGAAGAUUCCCAGUCGCAAGAUUACAAGAUACAUAAAAUGGAUUACUCUCUCUACCGGGUUGAGCUUAAUGCCCCACCUACUUCAGCUUCAAUGGAGUCGAAGGCUCCCACAUCCUAUAGGGAGGGUUUUGUCAUAAGUCUAGCUCUUGAAGAUGGUAGUACUGGUUUUGGUGAGGUGGCACCUCUUGAAAUCCACAAAGAGAACUUGCUUGAUGUGGAAGAGCAACUUCGGUUUCUUGUUCACGCUAUAGAAGGAAAGACAAUUAGUGGCAUACUACCUCUGUUGAGUUGUUCAAUUUCUUCUUGGAUAUGGAAGAAUUUAGGAAUUCCGCCAGGUUCAAUCUUUCCCAGUGUUCGAUGUGGAUUAGAGACAGCUCUCCUGAGUGCUAUUGCAAGUAGACAAAAUAGCACUUUAAUGGAUAUAAUCAGCCCCACAACCGAAAAAACGUCCGAGAAAUCAUCCCCUGUUCAAAUUUGUGCCCUCAUUGACUCCUACGGGACUCCAAUGGACACAGCUCUUGUAGCAUCCAAGCUGGUUGCUGAAGGAUUUACGGCUAUAAAAAUAAAAGUUGCACGUCGAGCAGAUCCUGAUGAAGACGUAGUUACAAUACAAGAGGUGAGAAAGAAAGUGGGAAAAGAUAUUGUACUCCGUGCGGAUGCUAAUAGGAAAUGGAAUUAUGAUGAAGCCGUUAAGUUUGCUCUCUCGACCAAAGACUGCUGCCUGCAAUAUAUCGAGGAACCAGUGAAUGAUGAGAAUGAUAUAGUGAAAUUCUGUGAAGAAACUGGUGUGCCAGUGGCUUUGGAUGAAACAAUCAACUCUAUAGGGGAAAACCCUCUGGAGGUCCUCGGGAAGUACAGCCACUCGGGAAUUACUUCUGUUGUAAUCAAACCUAGUGUCAUAGGCGGGUUCGAAAAGGCAGCUCUGGUAGCAAGGUGGGCCCAUCAGCACGGGAAAAUGGUUGUAGUUAGUGCUGCAUACGAGAGUUCGCUUGGUUUGUCAGCCUUCAUCCAGUUCGCCCGUUUCCUCGACCUGCAAAAUGCCGAAAUUCGAAGCUUGACGAGCAAGGAGCCCGGACCAAUCACAGUGCACGGAUUGGGGACAUACAAAUGGUUCAAAGAAGAUGUGACGUUGGAGCAUUUAAAUAUUCAUUAUAGUCCUGAGCACAGAUCAGUCGAGGUCGAUGCUGUUGAUGCCGGUCGAUUUCUCCAGGAUUUGCGGGUAAAUAAUGACGUAGUUGUCAGAAAGUUUAUUGGUGAACAAGUGCGCAAGUACCAAGUAGCGGUUGAUACAGACGGUUUCUCGUUUACUACAAAUGUGGUCGAGGCUGGAGAAAGCAUUGAUGGUAGUGCUGUUGUGUUCCUCCAUGGGUUUCUUGGAAGCGGAGAUGAUUGGGUCCCGAUCAUGAAAUCCCUCUCAACCUCCACUAGAUGCAUUGCAAUCGAUCUACCCGGCCACGCUGAAUCAAAGUUGCAGUUUAACGGUUCCGAUUUGUCAAUCGAUAUGGUAGUUCAUAUCUUGUGCAAGGUGUUAAAUAAUCUCACCCCUCAUAAGGUCACUCUUGUGGGCUACUCAAUGGGAGCUCGGAUAUCUUUAUACACAGCCCUAAAAUGUUCUCACAAGGUUGAAAAGGCUGUUAUAAUCUCGGGAAGCCCAGGUUUGAUAGACAAGGAUGCAAGGGAAAUCCGUAAGGCUAAAGAUGACUUUCGAGCAAGCACACUGGUGUCAAAUGGGUUACAGUUUUUUACAGAGGCUUGGUAUGCUGAAGAACUCUGGGCAAGCUUAAGAACCCAUCCACACUUUAAAAUGAUAGUUAACAGCCGUUUGCAGCAUGAUGACUUGCCGACUCUUGGUAAAGUUCUCUCUGGCUUAAGCAUCGGAAGGCAACCAUCUUUGUGGGAGGAUCUGAAGCAUUGCAAGGUCCCACUGCAUAUUUUAGUGGGAGAAAAAGAUGCCAAGUUUAGAAGAAUCGCUCAUGAAAUGUACGCCAAACUCGGCCAUGAAAAUGGAAGUUCUAAUUAUUCACCGCCAGUGACUGAAAUUCCGAAUGCUGGACAUGCAGUUCAUCUCGAGAAUCCUCUUGCUCUGAUUACCGCUCUACGACAGUUCAUAUAG